CCGUUAGCAUUGUAAUUAAAGUUUUAUUUCUUCCUCUUCCUCUUCUUCUUCUUCUUACUGUGACUGCUCUCCUUUUAAAAUACGCCACUUAAUUUUUUGACCCUUUUAUCUAUUUUUUAUUUUAUUUUUUUCACUAUAUUUAUAUUAAUCAACAUGACCAAAGCAAAAAAGGAAACUUCCCAGGAAUCAAAAGAACGAGAGAAAACAAGCAAGCAAUUAGAAACUUUCCAAGGAUUUAAAGUACUUCCUGUGAUUAUGGAUGAAAAUAAUAAAAGUAUUCGACAUUAUUUUUUUAUGAAGAAGCAUGAAAGCAAAUCUCUUGAAGAUGAAAACAUUAAAGAUCGCACACUCUUCCUUGCCAACUUACCUCCAGACACAACUGAUUAUCACAUUAAAAAACUUUUCAAAGGUCAUCCUAUUGACCAAAUAACAUAUAGUUCUUCUGGUUCUUCUAAAAAAAACCAAAAAGAGAAAGAAGAGAAAGAGGAUAAACCUAAUAGGGAACUAAGACAGCUAUUUGUAGGCGGUUCUUCAGCACAUGUUGUGUUUAGUACAAAUGGAGAUUUAGAUCAAGUCUUAAGUAUGCAUCGAGUUGAAAAGAAAUGGGCAAAGGAAGAUGAAAAAACAGGACAACCUUUAGGUUUUCAACGCUACAUUCUGCAAUACGAAUUAUCUCGACCUAAUCCUAUGGAUCUUCAACAAGAAGUUGAUUCUUUUAUGAUGAAAUUUAAGGCUGAUGAAUAUCAAAAGGAACGUGAACAAUUAGAACGCAUGAAUAAAAUGGAUGAAGAUGGAUUUACAGUAGUCGUGCGUCAUAAGAAAAAUAAAACAACGGACGGCACAAUUAACGUGAGCGCUAUUUCUACGGAUGUCGCUGAAGCACAAAAAGAAUACCAUCAAAAGAAAAAGAAAGAGUUAGUUAAUUUCUAUCGUUUCCAAAUGCGUGAACAGAAACAAAAUGAAUUAACUGAAUUAAGAAAACGAUUUGAAGAAGAUAAGGCUAAGAUUGCUAAAUUAAAACAAAAUAGAAAGUUUAAGCCUUAUUAAAUUGUAUAUAAAUCGUCAUACAUAAUAAACAUAUAGAAUAAGCAACUGUUGCGUAGCUUAUAUUUAUUAAUUUUAAAAUAA